AGUAUCAUACUAUAUAUCUUGAUAAGCUACUCGGGCCCCUACAUGCACAGAGAAAACACCAAGUGACAGGAGCUGGUAAAUAUAGGUAUUACCCUCGAGAUUACGGACAUAUAAAGAGGAUCGCGGUUGUUACUACUAUCUUUUUCUUUCUUUUCCUUCUAGACAAAAAAAAAAUAACUCUCAGGUAUCAUGACCGUUGAAAGAACAUUGGAAGGCAAAGUUGCAGUAAUUACUGGUGGUGGACGCGGUCUAGGCAAGGCUGUUGCUGCGGCAUUGAUUGAACGUGGUGCCAAGGUCGUUAUCGGCAACACUACCGUUGCUCAAGGCACUGCUACAGUGGACGAGUUUAACGCUGCCGCUGGAUGCAAAGUAGCUGCCUUCAAACAGACCGAUAUUACCACCUACAAGGACAAUAUCGCUCUUUUCCAGUUUGCCGAAAAGGAAUUCGGAGGAGUUGAUAUUGCUUAUUUGAAUGCUGGUGUCGCUGGUAAUGCUACCGACAUUAUCUUUUUGCCCCCUGAUGAUGAGAAUGAUGCACGAGCAAUGAAUGUGAACGCUGUAGGCACUAUGAAAGGAACGAAAAUUGCCAUGCUUCACUUGGCCAAAAGAGGUGGAGGUGUUAUCAUCAACUGCUCAUCCACUCUUGGAUCGAAUGCUGUGCCAUCCAUGUCUGCAUACGUCGCUUCCAAACACGCUAUGAACGGUUGGACACGCUGUUUCUCCAUGCUCCCUCAAAUCUGUAACGUUCGUGUGAAUGCAGUGUGCCCCCAUUUUGUCGAGACCGAUAUGCUUGUGCCAAACCCGGAUCAGCUUUCCCGCGGUGGACCUGUUCUCAAUUUGGUUGAUAAGAUCCCAAAAACUACUACUGAGAACGUUGUCAAUGCAGUUCUUUUGCUCAUCGAAGAUGAGACUCGUAAUGCUCAAACCUUGAUGGCAUUGCCUGGUGACGUGAUUCGUGAACAAGAGCCUGCUCCUCCUGCUCCCGAAACUAUUACGCCAGAAUUCGUAGAAUUGAUGGGCAAUUACGCACAAGAUUAUGUCACUUUCCAUAAAAAGGAGCUGGAAGAUUAUCUCAAGGUGUAUGAGAAGCAAUAUGGCAACAAAGAGUAAAUACCCUCUAAUCAUUUGAAUAAUCUAGUCAAGUAUCAUAUCUUUAUAUUAUAUCUAUGCUGUUGUAAACACAAUGGGAAAAAC